AUGUAUAUGAGUAGGGGCUGGCUGAUGCAGAUAAACCCUUCGACGCUUUUUGGGGCUGUGGAAGACGAAGGAAUGAGGGUGAAGGUCCUGCGAGCGCCCGCGCUUUGCUACUACCUCCUCUUCGGAAGCCUUGGCGAUCUAGUACUCCUUGCUACCGUCUUCCUCUGCACGAGAGCGCCACUCGUCCUCAACUUCCUCGAGGACAACUAUUCCGACGCCUUUUUGCAAGCUGCGCUGGUCCUCACGAUUGCCGUCACCUAUCUCCGAUACCGUGUCCAAUUUCAUAGCCGGUCGGCGUCGGUGGAGCCCCCCUCUCCGUGGAGAGGGCUGGGCAAGCCUUUGCUAUUCCCGUGCCGAACCACCCACGCUCGCCUCUUCCCCGAGAAGCACUCUUUUGCCUAUUCGUAUCUCCUCGUCGGCAUCCCUGUCGGCUGGACCGGGGUCUCGGGCGGCAUGGUAUCGAGUGGCAGGAACCCAUUCGCCGUCGACGGCUGGUACCAUGUGGAUGCCGCCGACUAUCUCGAAAGAGGCAGCGGCCACCUCGGUUUAAGGGGAAAAUUGCAUGCCUAUCUCGAAUCCCAGGGUAUCGAUCCCUCUCGUUACCCGCACGCCUACCUGGUGACGGCGGCUAAGUUUUUGGGUUACCAUUUCAACCCUGUCUCUUUUUGGUAUCUGUACUCCGCUGAGAAAUCUCUGGCGGCAAUCGUCCUUGAGGUCAACAACACCUUCGACGAGAGACGAAUGUACUUCUUAAGUGUUCACGACGAUGCGCCGGAAUCUAUAGGCCCACCUGAGAUCGAACCAGCAGAAUACGCGCAUCAACCCGAUGGCUCAAACGCCAAGCCGCUGAGAGGGACUUGGCCCAAGGACUUCCACGUAUCCCCCUUUAAUUCUAGGAAAGGUACCUACUCGCUUACAGCGCAUGACCCUCUGCUCGAAAAGCGGAAAGGGAGAGGACCGAUAGAUAACACAAUAAAUCUGAUUUCUUCCAAGAACCACGCCAAGCUGGUGGCCCGCAUCUUCUCGGAAGGAGAUGCGAUCGACCCGGCAGCAAUGACAUUCCUUCAGAGGUCUAUAUUCUUAGCUCGCUGGUGGUGGGUCGGUCUCGUCACCUUUCCCCGUAUCGUAAAGGAGGCAGCUCUCUUAUUCUUUCGGCGGAAACUCCACGUUUGGUACCGACCGGAACCCCUGAGGACAUCCAUCGGCCGACAUGCCGAUGCUGUCGAGUGUCGGCUAGAGCCGCUGUUUAGAAGGUAUCUGAAGCAUCUCGUCCAACAAUCGCCCACUCCACUCGUGGUGAGAUAUGUGCCUAGCGGUAUCGCCGACGCUCUACCGGAGACUAUGGAACCAACGACCGAUCGAAGUUCGGCUGAUGAGAUGGAGUUUAAAGUACUGACGCCGGCUUUCUACUCGAGAUUCGUACACUACGCCCACGAUUUUGAGGCCAUCUUCAGUGAGCUAAACGAAAACAACACAAUUUGGGUAUCGAAGCCGGAUCUGCUCCCAAAGUUGUUUAUCAAAAAAGAUGUGCCGCCACCACUCCAAACUGCUAACUAUCUCGAAUACGGCUGUUUCACGGCCAUUAAAAAGUUGCGGCGGAGACCCGAGCGCAUCGAGCGGCCUUUGACAUCGAGCCAACUCGGCGGCAGUGCCGCCCCCCAACAAGACAUAAGAGGAUUUCGACUCUCAGCCAUGGACGGCUAUGUCUUAGCUCAGGAGGAUAGUGGGUCGAGACAAGUGUACAGGAAUUCGGUGCUGAUGUUGUUCAUCGCCGAUAGGAUUGCCAUGGGCAGUGUUGGUUUACUCCAACUCGGACACUGGAUCAUCAGGUUAUUGGUAGCCUGCGUCGCGGUGCCCCCUGAGCACGUCGAUGUAUUUAUCACGCGCAAGGGUUAG